AUGACCACGACGCUCUCCCCCUCUCGCUCCCCGCCCCCCAAGAGGCUCAAGACACAGCAGACCAAGGAUCUGCUCGACGUUACCGAGGCCCCCGUCAACGCACUCUUCGUGCCCCCUACCGAAAUCGAGAUCGACGCUGCCCCCACCCCCACCCCCGCCAAAGGCAAAAAGCCAAAACACAACCGCCCCCCUCGCCCCCCAAAAGCGCAAACGAAGAAAGAACGCCGCCGCCGUCCGCUCCCAGAGUCAUUCUCGCCCGCAGACGUGCUGUGGCAUGAUAUCAAAGACUUUUUGGGGGAAGACUAUGUGCAGGAGGUGAUUGGGAGGGGGGAGCAUGAGGAGUGGGAGGCGCCGGAGGAGUUGGGGCCGUGGGAGAUUGUGGAGGUGAGGGCGGGAGGGUGGACGAGGGGAGGCGAAUCACUCUCCCUCUACACCUCUCCCUCAACCUCCAAAAAAUGGGCCAUCAUCACCCCCUUCGCGCACCCCGGCGACCUGAUCCGCGUCAAGAUCCACAAACACGACCGCCUGCACUGCCUCGCCGACCUCGUCGAGAUUCUCGAAUACUCUUCCGAAUUCCGUGGUGGGGAGGGUGAUCGUCGGGUGAACCCUGAGGGUGGGUGCAAGUACUUUGGUGAAUGUGGCGGGUGUCAACUCCAACCUCUCCCCUAUUCCUUGCAGCUCGAACACAAACUCCAAACCGUCUCUCUCGCCUACACCCGCUUCUCCACUCUGCCCCCCCACCUCGUGCCCACCAUCCUCCCCACCAUCGGCUCCCCCAAACAAUGGGGCUACCGCACCAAAAUCACACCCCACUUCGACGCUCCCCCGCGCUGGGCUCGCAACCGGCUCGACAAGGCCAAAGACGGGGGUGAAGACGAGUUCGCGAUGGUGGAGCAAGAGGUCGCGCAGGAGAUUGAGUGUAAUGUCGGUUUCGAGCGCAAGGGCAAGCCGGGGGUGUUGGAUAUCGAAGAAUGCCCCAUCGCUACCCCCGUCCUCAACGCCCAAAUGGCCCUCUCCCGCCCCGUCAUCAAAUCCACCAUCACCUCCUACAAAAAGGGCGCUACCAUCCUCCUCCGAGACGCUCUCGCACCUCCCGACCCUCUGCCCACUGCCGAACACCCCUGGGACGCUGAAAAGCACGUCGAGGCCGAAUCCGACCACGUCGCUGUGACGGACCACAAACAACAAGUCUACGAACGCGUCGGUCCCUGGCUCUUUUCCUUUACCGCGGGGUCGUUCUUCCAGAACAACAACUCCAUCCUCAUCCCCCUUACGACCUACGUCCAAGAAGCGAUCUUCCCCCCUCCCUCCUCCCCAUACUACUCGCCCUCCACCCCGCUGCCCACGCACCUCGUCGACACUUACUGCGGCUCGGGGUUGUUUGGGAUUACGUUGAGUCCAAAGUUUGAGAGGGUGGCGGGGGUGGAAAUCUCGCCGAUGAGUAUCGAAGCUGCCAAAGUGAAUGCGGAUAUGAACGGUCUCCGCGAAAAGACAAAGUGGCUUUGUGGGAAGGCGGAGGAUAUCUUUGGGGGUCUUGCCGAACAAGGGUUUGCGGGUGGCCAUUCUUGCGUUGUCGUUGAUCCACCAAGAAAAGGCUGCGACGCACCCUUCCUCCAACAACUACUCACUUUCCGACCACUCACCAUCGUCUAUGUCUCCUGUAACGUGCAUACCCAAGCGCGCGAUGUCGGGUACCUCGUGCACGAGAGCAAUAAGCUCGGCGCUGUCAAGGAGGGCGAGGAAGGGGAGGGGUGGAAGUAUGUGUUGGAGAGUUUGAGAGGGUUUGAUUUGUUCCCCCAGACGGCGCAUGUCGAAAGCGUAGCGGUGUUGAGAUUGACCAAACAAUAA